AUGUUCAGGAUGUUUUUUUGCGUUGCAGCCCUCCUUUUUGUGAUAUCUUUAAGGUUUGAAAGGCCAUCUAUGGCUCAAGCGAAACUUUACAACGAUGACUGCACCUUUGUGGAGUUAAAAACAUCACGAAAAAAUGGAAACAAGACUUCGCUGAUGCAGUUAACUUCUCAGCUUCCUUCAUCAACAAACCUAGUCUACUCCUGUACCGUAAAGACAGACAACACAAACAGUAUUUUAUAUUUGAGAGGUAAAAGAAACAAAGAUUCAAAAGAAGGUAAGCUAAAUGUAAAGUCUUAAGGUACUAGCAAUUGAGGCAGUAAUUUGGUCAAUUUAAUCACCAUUUGCGACGGAUGUUUCGCGCCUUCACGACCAUAACAGUGUACGUUUGCAUCUUUGAUUUGUUUCUAAUUGUGUAGAAGGCCUUACGACGAUGCUACCUGCUUGAUCACUUCAAGCUUAGUCCAUUAGUAAUAAUAUUUCCUAGAUUUUGCCUUUUGCGUUUCUAAUGACAAGCUAAAAUUUUGCCUAAAUUCAUAUCGUGUAAAUGUUCGGGGUGUGAAGAGGAAUAAUGGGCUAUUCAUUGCACUUAUUCCACUCAGUAUUCCCUCUCGAAAAGCUUCGUUAUUCGAUUAUUCAACCCCUAAAAGGGGCAUUAUCUUUUUCGUAAAAUUAUUCCGACUUCCCUUUUUCCAUAAUUCCACACCCCCUAAAGGUCAUCAUUCCAUCAUUACAACUCGCAAAUUUCCAUUUUUGUAUUUCCAUUAUCCAUCCUCAGUCCCCGAAAAUUAACGACCGAUAGACGAUAUCACGAAAUACCGCUGCGUAGCAGAGAAUGAGACACGGACUGAAGUUACUAAAAACCUGACCUCGGAUUUGUAAGACUCACAAUUCGAAAACCCAGUGUUGGCCUACAUAAAUUAAUUAUGAAUUAUGUAAGAGUACUAUUUGCCUUUAUAAGGGUACCCCGCAUUACCAACCACAAAAACUAUUUACUUUAAUAAGUAAAGUGCAAUGGUUAUCAAAAGACCGACAGUUUAUUCUGCCUUGUAUGUUUUUGUUUGAUUUUCGACCUUGACCGCCCAACACAAAAUAUCAUAGUAACUAUGCUGGAGUAACUGUCCAAUAGAAACACCUACGUUAAAUCAUUCGGUCACAAUUGGUUUGAAUAAACUGAACAAAAACUGAUUUCACACGGACAGGUAACACUCGUUUGAUACAGCUGCAAAUGUUUUCCCAACAGCGCGCGCUAUCUGAUUGGUUACUUCAAGGUCACAUGACAUCUAACAAUAGAACUGUAUCCGGCCAAAAUCUCUGAGCGGGCACUGCCAGGCAACAUUGCAAAAUCUACGACGUCAGAGGGUAACAGUGUUAGGCGUUCAGAUAGUAGAGCGCGGGAGAAUAAUUCACGAAGGAAAAAACAAUUUAACUCGCUCCCCACUGACCGCGGCGCUCUACUAUCUGAACGCCUGGAACAGGCUAAGGUUACCUCGUCUCCGCCUCGGAAAACAUUCAGAUUCUUUUCCCCUCCUGAUCAGUCAUUAAGUGUAUAUUGUUUUCGCCUUUAACUUUGUCUGUACGAAGGGUUGCAUAGUUCCUCAAUAGUUACCAUAAAUUACUGUGAUUCCCUGUUGACAGGGUCUCUUCACCUAUCAGUACUUGAUGAAGACGAGUCCUUCCUACAGGGUCACCUGGACAUUCCAAAAUCUGCAAUUAGCGAGCGGUGGACAGGGCUGCCGUUAUGUCCUUCUCGUUCAAGCAACGACUUCGUAAAAAAACACCUUACGUUUUCAGGAACACCAGGGGUACGUUUCACGGUAGAAGCAUCUCAAGACUAUGAAAUAGAGCUCAAUGAAGAAAAACCUUUCAGCAUAUUCGAGUGGAAUACUGUAAAUGUAUUCCAGUUUACCCCACCUAAGGACAUCUCAGAGACUCAGCUUGAUAUAACGGUUACGUCAGAAUCGGAUGUCCCCGCUUACUUGAAAGUUUCACGGAUCUGUCAGGACGUUAAUAAGGACAACAUACGAGUUGUGGACUAUAGAGGCGAGUCCAUUCGUCUUUCGUUUGCAAAGAAAGGACGUAUCACUUUAUCCACGGCAUCUACUCCCCCUUUGACCGACUCCACAGCCAGCUGGUACAUUGGCCUUGCACUGAACAACGUUGCAGGUACCACGCCAUUAAAUGCUAGUAAAACUGGAACAUUAACGGUGACAAGAUCAUUUAAUUACUCGUAUGGGGGGCCCAUGUCAUUCAUAUGCUUGGUACCCUUUUUCUUCGGUGGCAUUGUAGCUGUCUGGGCUCUGUACUGUUUUAAAGAACCACACGUCAGUCCAUUGGCUUCUCACAUUGAACCAGUGACCCGUAAAGACGUCUGCAGAGCCAUGUGUAAAGUUCUCUGUACCUACUGGUUUGCAGGAGGACAUAAAACUUAUUCGUACAUCACAUGCAUUGUCGGUUCCGUCUUGAUGGUGGGAGCUUUUCAGUUUGUUUAUGCAGAUUGGUAUUUGAUGAUUCAAGAAGGGGAUAGAGACCAUUGUUACUACAACGACUUUUGUUACAGGGUAUUAUAUAAUGAUAUUCCGUUCAAUUUAAUGAGUAGCAACUUCGCUUAUAUACUGCAUGCCUUUAUUUUAGCGUUGUCUGUUUGGUACAUGGAGUCAGAAUUACUGGCUCGCUGCAAAAAAAUUAGACAAACUCAGCCACCACCUGUAGCAGAAAAUGCGGAAUGUAAUAGUACUGAGGCGCAUAAGAGGAGAAUUUCCUUUUCAAUAGGUUACGCUUUUUCCUGGGCAUUGCUAUUCGAGGGGUUGUUUUCAAUGCUUUAUCAUCUCUGCCCGACUAAGAUGACAUUUCAGUUCGAUUUAGCAUUUAUGUUUGUUAUUUCAGGCUUGAUUGUCGUUGUAAUGUAUAAUGGCAUUCAGUUAAACCAUGCUGGAGAGAGGGGAGGUCACGUGGGAGCAUCAAAUUUCUACCUUGGUUUUAUAGUUCCACUUUAUAUUUUAAACUAUCUCGGUUCACUGAAUCACUCCAAAGAAGGGUUAAUUCCAACGGCGGCCUGGGCUACACCACUUGCUCUUUGGGCUUUCUUUAUCUUUAACUGGGUUGGCUAUAAAUUGUAUCUUGAAAACUGGUGCUUGUUAAUCUUGUGGCGUUGGGUAGUUAAAAAUUGCCGUCUUCAGUGUGUAGGGUCACAUUCUUGGAACCCUAACAAUUACUCUCCACAAAAUGUGAAAGAGGGCAAAUUUGUUUGUCUAAUGAUUGGUCUUAUCGUCGCAGUCUUGAUGUUUUGUCUGUUUAGCGUUACGAAGUAUAUCGGUAGCCUUCCACACGCGCUUUUGUUCACCUGCAUUUUAGAGAGCGUAAUUGUUAUUUCCUGGAAACUCCGUAAAUGCUGUUGUUUGUGGCGUGACCUUGGUUAUAAAAAAUUUCCUUGCGUUAUUAUUCAUGUAUUAACAACCCUUGCCUUAGGAUUUUCCGCCUUGGCAUUUUUCAUUGGCUUUCCGACAACAGAUAAAGCAGAAACUCCAGAGAUAUCUCGUAAUAAAAAUCACAAAUGUAUUAUUAUUGAUUUCUAUGACUACCACGACCUUUGGCACAUCUUGUCUUCAUUUGCUCUGCUAAUGGGAGUACACAUUGUGAUGUUUGCUAGCUAUGACCCUGAUACCAUAACAAGAGGUAUCCUAACCAGUGAUUAUGGAGCAAUCGAAUUAAACUCGAACCAUUGA